AUGUCCAUGUCUGACCUUCCAGUCAUGACCAGGACCAGGAUUUUCCUCCUCCUGUUGAUGGCCCUGGCUUCCUCUUUCUGCUUCAACUUGGACAUAGACCAGCCAACAACCUUCCAUGUGAACAGCGCUGGGUUUGGAUACAGCGUGGUCCAGUAUGCCAACUGGGUGGUGGUUGGAGCCCCCCAGGAGAUAAAGGCUGCCAAUCAAACGGGCGGCCUCUACCAGUGCGACUACAGCAUGGGCAAGUGUGAACCCAUCCUCCUGCCGGUGCCUCCAGAGGCUGUGAACAUGUCCCUGGGCCUGUCCAUGGUGGCCACCACCAGCCCCUUUCGGCUGCUGGCCUGUGGCCCCACCGUGCACCGUGCAUGCAGGGAGAACAUGCACUUGACCGGGUUUUGCUUCCUGCUGGCCUCCCCGUCCUGGCAGGCCCAGAGGAUCCCGGCUGUCCUGCAGGAGUGCCCGAGGCAGGAGCAGGACAUUGCCUUCCUGAUCGAUGGUUCAGGCAGCAUCUCCGCCACCAAUUUUGCCAAAAUGCUGAACUUCGUGAAGGCUAUGAUGAGGCAGUUCCAGCGUCCCAGCUCCCAGUUCUCCCUGGUGCAGUUCUCCCACAAGUUCCAGGUGCACUUCACUUUCAAAGCCUUCGCAGCCAGCUCAAACCCACUAAACCUGCUGAACUCCGUACAGAAGCUGAGUGGGUACACGCACACGGCCACAGCCAUCAGGAGGGUCACAGAACAGCUGUUCAGUGCCUUAUAUGGGGCCCGAAAAGAUGCCUCCAAAAUCCUCAUCGUCAUCACUGACGGGCAGAAACAACGUGACCCUCUGGAUUACAAGGAUGUCAUUCCCAGUGCUGAGGCUGCUGGCAUCAUCCGCUAUGCAAUUGGGGUGGGAUUGGCUUUUCAAAAUAUACAUUCCUGGCAAGAAUUAAAGGACAUCGCAUCGAAGCCCUCCCAUGAACAUAUAUUUAAAGUGGAGAACUUUGAUGCUUUGAGAGACAUUCAAAACCAACUGAAAGAGAAGAUCUUUGCCAUUGAGGGUACGCAGACCAUAAGCAGCAGUUCCUUCGAACUGGAGAUGUCCCAGGAGGGCUUCAGUGCUGUGUUCAUGCCUGAUGGACCAGUUCUGGGGGCUGUGGGGAGCUUCAGCUGGUCUGGAGGUGCCUUCCUGUACCCCCCAAAUAGGAGCCCCACCUUCAUCAACAUGUCUCAGGAGCACGCGGACAUGAGGGACUCUUACCUGGGUUACUCCACAGAGCUGGCCGUUUGGAAGGGGGUACACAGCCUGGUCCUGGGGGCCCCCCGCCAUCAGCACACCGGGAAGGUUGUCAUCUUCACCCAGGUGUCCGGGCAAUGGAGACCGAAGGCUGAAGUCACAGGGACCCAGAUCGGCUCCUACUUUGGGGCCUCCCUCAGCUCCGUGGACGUGGACAGAGAUGGCAGCUCCGACCUGGUCCUCAUCGGGGCCCCCCAUUACUAUGAGCAGAGUCGGGGGGGCCAGGUGUCCGUGUGCCCCUUGCCUCAAGCGAGGGCUAAGUGGCAGUGUGGUGCUGUCCUGCGAGGGGAGCAAGGCCACCUCUGGGCCCGCUUUGGGGCAGCUCUGACGGUGCUGGGGGAUGUGAACGGGGACAGGCUGACGGACGUGGCCAUCGGGGCCCCGGGAGAGCAGGAGAACCGGGGUGCUGUCUACCUGUUUCACGGAACCUCGGGACUGGGCAUCAGCCCCGCCCACAGCCAGCGGAUCACAGGUGCCCAGUUCUCCCCCAGCCUCCAGUAUUUUGGGCAGUCGCUGAGCGGGGGUCAGGAUCUCACCAUGGAUGGACUGGUGGACUUGGCUGUGGGGGCCUGGGGGCACGCGCUGCUGCUCAGGACCAGACCUGUGCUUAGGGUGUGGGCAAACAUCCGCAUCACACCUCCAGAGAUCACCAGGUCUGUGUAUGAGUGCCACCAGCAGCUGGCCUUUGCCCAGUCUCUGGGUGAGGCCAUUGUCUGCCUUCGUGUUUCUCAAAGUCCCAAGAACCGGCUGGCUAACCUCCAAAGCGUUGUGACCUUUGACCUAACCCUUGACCCUGGCCGCCUGAGUCCUCGUGCUGUCUUCGAGGAGACAAGGACUCGGAAUCUGACUCGUGUUCGAGACCUGGGGCUGACACAGCACUGCGAGCCUGUGAGGUUGCUCCUGCCGGCCUGUGUGGAGGACUCGGUGACCCCCAUCAUCUUGCGUCUCAACUUCUCCCUAGUGGGCAAGCCUGUCUCUGGCUUUGGAAACCUCCAGCCUAUGCUGGCAGUGGAUGCCCAGAGAUACUUCAUGACCUCUCUCCCCUUUGAGAAGAACUGUGGUGCCGAUCACGUCUGCCAGGACGACCUUGGCAUAUCCUUUGGGGUCUCCGGCUUGAAGACCCUGAUUGUGGGGAGUAACCUGGAGCUGAACUUGGAAGUGAGAGUGUGGAAUGAUGGCGAGGACUCCUAUGGAACCACAAUCACCUUCUUCUACCCGCCGGGGCUAUCUUAUCGACGUGUGGCAGGGGGCCAAAACCAGCUGCAGUCACGUUCCCUGCGCCUGACCUGUGACAGUGCCCCCACCAGGAGCCAGGGCACCCUCAGCACCCGCUGUAGCAUCAACCACCUAAUCUUCCGUGAGGGCGCCCAGAUCACCUUCACGGCAACCUUUGACGUCUCCCCCACGGCCAUGCUGGGAGACCGGCUGCUUCUCGCAGCCAAUGUGAGCAGUGAGAAUAACACCCCCAAGACGAGCAAGACCACCUUCCGGCUGGAGCUCCCGGUGAAGUACGCUGUCUACACCGUGAUCAGCAGCCAUGAACAAUCCACAAAGUACCUCAACUUCUCGGCCUCGGAGGAGAAGGAAAGCAGCGGGGCUCAGCACAGAUACCAGGUGAACAACCUGGGGCAGAGGGACCUGCCUGUCAGCAUUGACUUCUCAGUGCCCGUGGAGCUGAACCGGUUGGCCGUGUGGAAGGAUAUGGAUGUCCUCCACCCUCAGAACCCAUCCAUUCAGUGCUCUUCAGAGAGAACAGUGCCCACAGAGUCCGACUUCCUGACCCACUUUCAGAAGAAGCCUGUCCUGGACUGCUCCAUUGCUGACUGCCUGAGGUUCCGCUGUGACAUCCGCUCCUUCGGCGUCCAGGAGGAACUUGACUUCAUCCUGAAAGGCAAUCUCAGCUUCGGCUGGGUCAGCCAGACACUGCAGAAGAAGGUGUUGGUUGUGAGUGUAGCUGAGAUCACGUUCAACAGAUCCGUGUAUUCCCAGCUUCCAGGACAGGAGGCAUUUCUGAGAGCCCAGAUGGAGCUGGUGCUGGAGAAGUAUGAGGUCUAUAACCCAACCCCCAUUAUUGUGGGCAGCUCUGUGGGAGGACUGCUGCUGCUGGCUCUCAUCACAGCCAUACUGUACAAGGUCGGCUUCUUCAAACGUCAGUACAAGGAAAUGAUGGAGGGAGCAAAUGGACAGACUGCUCCAGAAAAUGGGACAGGAGACCCCCAAGUUGCCCAAUAAGAAACUACCUCCUGCUCUCCUUUGGACCUGCUCUCCCCUGAGAGGUUCCCUGGCCUUCUUACUUUCACCCAAGUCAGGCCUGAUGGGGAAAAACAUUCCAUCUGAGGGAGGCUGGCAUCAGGCUGCUUUCUCUCUUUGGGAGAAUGCAGUGUGUUUGCACAAAGCACCUAGCCUGGGAAGGGCCAUUGGUCUUGUCAAGGCUCCACCUGGAAAUCCCAGGACAGGAUCCCUGACAUGUCUCUCCUGAGGACUUGACUUGGAAUUUCUACCUAGAAAUAGAUGGACAAUGGCCUCAGGCUCCAGUCUCCCUUCAUCCACUAACUACCGAUGGUCUUCCUAAAAUACAGUUCUGAACCAGGCUCUAAUCCUCAUCCAUCUUCAGUGGCUUCCCUUUACUUGCAGUGUAACUUCUGAACUCUUCAGCUUG